AUGGGGAAGACGGGAAAACCCGAACUCACGCUGUCUACACACCAGGAUUCGAGCCUGGUAUCAGAAAACAUCGAUGAUGAAGAAGCAACCAUAUCGCCGACAAGUUCAACCAUGUCUUCUGCGUCAUUUUUGGAUCCAAUUGAGACUGCAGCAGGCCUAGAGAAUAUAUUCGAUAUGUUCGUAUAUGUUGACGGACGACGUUUCCUGAAAGAUAAAGAUUCAAAAUGCUAUUUACCUUGCGAUGAGCAAGAAGCAUAUAGAACCUACAAAAGACAUUAUCUAUACAGAUUUAUAUGGAAGGGCAACUACUCUGCUCCUGUUCUCGAAGAAUUGUCGUUUGGUGCGAGAGUACUUGAUGUUGGUUGUGCUGAAGGAACAUGGUUAAUAAACAUGUCUUCGGAAUAUCCUUUAUCAACGUUUGUUGGAGUAGAUAUCGCCCCCGUGUUUCCUGAAGUCACACAAAAGAACGUAGCAUUUCUUCAGUGUAAUGCUCUCGAUGGCCUGCCUUUUCCCAACGAUACAUUCGAUUUUGUUCGACAGGGAUUUCUUAUAGUUAGUAUCAAUUGGCAGGAAUGGAAGGAUAAACUGAUUAAAGAACUGAUCAGAGUGACAAAAACUGGAGGGUAUAUAGAGGUGAUGGAUGUGGAUAUUAAGUAUUAUAGGAAUGGUGGGCUUAGUAAAUAUCUAACAAGUUUUCUAACCGAACAUUUCGAAAAAAUUGGAAUUAACCCCAUUGCUAGUAGGGAUGUACUGAAAGCAUUCGAAGAUCUUAAUGAUGUAGUGACCGUUUCGCCUAUAGAGGAGAAAAUACACCCUUUCGGAAGUUGGGCUGGAAAACUGGGAGAAAUGUCAUCGGAAGGGCACAUAGAAGCAUUCGAAUCAUUAGAAGCCCUCCUUUGUCCUGCUUUAAAAGCCACAAAAGAGGAGUAUCGACAAAUGUUAAUCGACUUGGCUGAAGAAUACAAUCGAUGUAAGACGUAUUCAAAGACUUAUCGUGUCCUUGUAAGGAAGAAUAAGGAUCUGUAG